AUGCGUACGAACCAGCUUUCUCAUUACAAAGUUAUUAUUGCUAUUGGUGUUUUGAUCUUGGUGGGUUUACUACUGCUUCCCGUUUUGGGUUUGACAGGUUUCCAUAUUUUUCUUGUCAGCAAGGGGCGUACUACAAAUGAACAAGUUACUUCGAAAUAUGAUCUUGAUAUGAAUCCCUAUGAUCGGGGUCUGUACAAGAACUGGAUGAACAUCUUUUGCACCUCCCAGUUACCUUUACUCAAUCGGUCAAAUGUAGUUGAAGUGGAUAUGUGGGGAAUAUCUUAUAAUGGAAAAUCUAUUCACCAUCUUCAGGCGUCGGAUUUUCGAUCUUCACUUAAUAAUUCUGAACUUCCAAAUAAUUGUAAACCUUCUGAUGACUCAGCUAACGCUGUUAAAGAAAAUGCAAUUGUUUGUGAGAAGACAGAUUCAAGGAAUAAGAUUAACCAUGCUACUGAACAACAAAAUACUGUCGAUGAUGUGGUUGCCGGUGUUCAUCGUGAUUUAGACAGUUCUGUCUUACCUAACGCAAACGGCAAAAAUAUAUCUGUCACUGACUCACCAAAUGCUCUUGUUAUCGCUGCUGACCAAGAAAUGGUGUCCAGGUCUCAGUCACCUGUGCAUGGAAGAAGUGGUGAAAUAAAAGUAAAUUCCAAUCCUUCUUCACUGGGAAUAAAGUCGAAGUUAGUAGGUAAUAAAGAUCAGGGCAAAGGCCAACAAACUGACACAUAUACCCCGAAGCAUAUUGCAAAUUUACAUAGUAUGGGUGUUGAUUCAGUCUCCGCUGCUCAAACAGGUGGUAAUGUUCAAAUGGAAAUUAUGUCUAAUAGAGAUCACUUUGCCACAGCAGGAGAUCAUAAAACACCUUUGUUAAGAUCUCACGAAAAUUCUGAUGUCGAAUUAAUUCGUGGACGUCAGUUACAAAAAUUCACUUCAGAUAAUCAAAGUAAAUCAAGCAAUUCUCUUCAACGUAAGCAACAAGAGCAAGGUAUCACUGUUGGGAUUGGAAGGAGUUCUUCACGUGAUUUCAAUCCUUCUCGUUCUAAUGAAAACACAUGUUCACGCACCUCUUCUACUUCGAUGAUGAAUCUUCGUGAUCGUGUUAACUUACCAGUGGACACGAAUCCUGCUACAUUUUCUCAAUCACGAUAUGGUACUGCUCAGGAUUUGAAUGUUGCACCAUCUUCACCCAAGUCUCAUUCACCUUUAACUGUUCGUGAUAUGCAUCAUGGUCUUUCUGGUGUGCAUACUUCUAAUCCUCAGUUUGUAAAUUAUCCUCAUAACAAUAUGUCAAAGGGUUUCAUGAAGUCAGUGAGGUCUGAUCAUCGUCGGCAUCCACCUACCCAUCAGGUUUCUCGAACACCUGGUACUCAAGGAAAUCAAAAACAUGUACUGUCUCACCAUAGUGGAGCUAUCCAUCAGUUGCCUCCACACUCAUCUCAUGGUCUUCCUCCUCCUUUACCACCGCAUGGUUCACAAAUGAGCAUCCCUCAUGUUCGUCCAAUGUGGUCUCCUGUGGUACCUCCUCAUGGUCUUUCUGUAUCAUCGCAGUAUUUUUCGCCGUUUGAUACAACCAGUCACUUAUCUGAUAGUGCUCCCAUUUCUCACCUGCGUUUAGUAAGACCGCCUUACUUUGGUAAUCCUAAUAUCUGUCCAGUUGAUGAAUCCCAUUUUUUCAUAGACAAUACACGUCUAAAUGAAUCAUCAGUUUCUAAACAUAUUUCUCAAUCCUUUGCUUCAGCUUAUAACCCUUCAGUCAUAACACAAGCUUCAUCUCGUCCUACUCCACCCUUGCCUCCACAUAAUCGCAUUGUUAGAUCUAAUGCACCAAAUAAUCGAAUGCAGCUAACCGGUCCAAAAAAUUCUAACCAUUUAAUUCCUGGAUGGCAACUCGAAGGUGAUUCUAGUUCUCCUGAUGGAACUUUUGAGAUCUCAGUUUGAAUGAAAUAUGUUUUCCUAAUUUGCCUACUCAAUCGCUUGAAGU